UUUAGGACGUCGUCCUCGUCGCCGCCGCAGGCCGGCCCUGUCUCGUCUGAGAAUUGCGCCGGAGAAAGAAAGAGAGAGGGUUAUUUAGAUAUGAGUCGUCAUCCUGAAGUCAAAUUGGCUCAGAGGCUUGACAAAAUUUACAUCACUGUUCAAUUGCCCGAUGCAAAAGAUGCAAAAGUUAAUCUGGAACCUGAUGGCAUUUUCACAUUUUCGGCCACUGCCGGUGCUGGAAAUAGCACUUAUGAGUUAAAAAUGGAUCUUUAUGAUAAAGUAAAUAAGGAGGCAAGCAAAAUAAAUGUUGGUGUCAGAUCUAUCUUCUGUGUGGUAGAAAAAGCAGAGAAAGGAUGGUGGAAAAAGCUUCUGCGUGGUGAUGGAAAGGCUCCUCACUAUGUCAAAGUUGAUUGGGAUAAGUGGGUAGACGAAGAUGCUGAUGGUCCUGGUGAUUUGGACUUGGGAGGGAUGGAUUUCUCAAAUUUUGGUAAUAUGGGAGGUGAUGCUAUGGAUGAUGAUUUUGAAGAUAGUGACGAUGAAGAGCAAGCAGAAAAUGUGCAAAAAACUGGAGAAGACUGAGGAAAUCUCGACAGAUGCAAAAUCAGAAGCACCUGCAAGCACUUGAAACAGUCCUACCAUCAAGCAUUGCUUGCCGUGUUCCAUUUGUGGUUGAGGGAGGUUCAGUAAUCACGAACUUAACAUUUCCUUGGUGCAUGUGCGGUUGUUUGAUUGUUCUGCUGAGAAUCAUCAUAUAUAUUUAUCGUAUUAUUGAUGCUCCUAUUUAUAGGAAAGACUGCUUGAAAUGCA